AAAACGGCAAGGUGUGCAGCGCCAUCUAGUAAAGAAAAAAUGGCGAAAGACGAAAGUCAAAAUCCAUUUUCAUUUCAAAAGUUCGUCAGUAAAAAGUCUAAAGGUGAUCUUACUUCACAAGCACCUGAUGCUGAAAUAGAUAUAUUUGAUCUUCCUGAUGUUCAAGACCCUCAAGUGCAAGAACAGAACCAGAGUACAAGUAAUGAAGAUGUUCCAGGAGAAUCUGCUUCAAAGGUUAAGUCUUCAAACCCAUUUUCGUUUAAGAAGUUUUUAACUAAAGACUCAAACAUAAGCAAAACAGGAGUUAAAGUUCAUGCAGAAGCUAGCAAUGAAAAACAUCUCCCAGACUUUACAUCAGAUCUUCCAGAUUUCGACAGUCCUGUUACCCACAAUACACCAUUCCAUGAAGAAGUUACGUCAUCUCUGCCUGAUUUUACGUCACGAGUUGAUGUGCUGCCACAAGUAUCAGACAGUGUGUCACAGCUUGACUAUCUGACAUUGAAUAAUGGGGUGCCUGAUUCAGGUCAAAAACAUUUAGAUUUACC